AUGUGGCAGGGGCUUUUAACGAUCACGGAUUACAAAAAGAAAGCCAGUCACAUCGCAGACACCAACACCGUCCUACCCGACGAGCUAAAAAACCUUUUCUCCUGCUUCGAGCAACACGCCUCAGAGCUGCAGAGGAGAGCCCCUGAAGACAACGAGGGCUAUGUGCUUAUGGUCUUCACGGAAGACCUCUACCUGUGCAAUCUGAAGGGUGUGCCUCUGACCUAUGAUGACGUCAGUGUGCUGGGGCAGCAUGGAGACAUCUACGACGAUAUUGGAUACAUUCACCUCGACAUACAAGCCAACUUUGUCAUUCCCCCCCAGAGAGGACAGAAACUACUGGGUAGAGUAAAUAAGCUUGGUGUGAGUCAGAGUCUGAUCCACGGCUCUUUUAACGCCAGUAUUCCGAAGCCGGCCCGCAUCACCAUGGAGACCUGGAGGGAGGCAGGGCCCAGGAUAGGAGCGGAGCUGGAGUUUGAGGCCUGUCAGCUGGACUCAGACACAGUCGUAGUCCUGCUGAUCAGAGGACGAAUGGACAGGAAACAGGUUCAGGAGCUGAUGGCAGCAUGAGAUAGUUUUGAUCCCAACAACCCUGCAGAGCAGCUGGAGGAACCAGACACAGAACCUGCUCUAGAACCUGAUCUAGAACCAAGCCAAGACUUGCUUGACGCCACUGGGAAACUCAAGAGGAGGGGGAGAAAGAAAAACACAGUGGAGGAGACUGCAGUAACAACACCCGACCAGCAGGGAGGCGCUGUGUUUGGAACAGCAAAGGACAGCGGCACUAACGGCCACAUAUAGGAGGAGAAGAGGAAGAAAAAGAAGACGCGACAGAAAGACGAGGAGAGGGCAGUGGAGUGGAGGUCUCCUGUGGAGUUGAAGGGGAGAAAUUCCAACGGUUACCUUAGUGACAAGCUAAACAGGAAGAGAAAACGGGGAGAUGAUAUCGUGUUCUGUCUCCAUGGCGAUUGUGAAACGCCCAAAACCAAGAAGAAGAAAAAUAAAUAUGACUGUGACACUGACUAAAAGACUGAAGCAAGAUUAUUUUGUGAAACUGAAUGAACAUUAAAAGAUGGUGAUGAUGACCGUGAUGACGACUGUAAUGAAAUGACUUCAGUAGACCCGGUGACUUUGUUUGUUUAGCUAAUCACAUCCCCAGGACUCCCAUGUUGUUGGGGUGAUCCUUCUCACAGUUGUUAACAUUGUUUCCUAUAGAAACCUGCAGAAGUAAUUUAUUUCAGAACUACAGCUUUACCCUUCUAGCUAUCACUAGAGCACAUCAACAUGCUGUAGGGUUGUUCAACAAGUCUUAACCAGUGUCUUCAACUUGGCAGUCUUCAAUCUGAA